GUUUGGUUGUUAUUAACAGGAAGUUUUGUAUUUACUUUACAUUUACUUCGCCUAGCCAGAUAGGCUUUCCAACUAUAGGAAGUGUUUAGCUAAGUGUAUUUUGCGAUUUUUUUUUUAGCAAAAGGGGAAAACAUUAAAAAUAUAACUAAACUAACUGAUUGAAGAUCUGUAUAUAAAACCGGUGGCAAGCAUACUGACAGACCUUAUAAAUACUGGUUGUCUUGAACAAGGAUGACCACACUUACCCAUCGGAGUCGCCGCUCUGAGCCAGCGGUAGAGAGACGGAGCCAGGAGGAGGACGCUGACCAGGGAGGUUACCCCCCAGAUGACGACGAGCGUGACUCCAAGGAUCUUCGCCUGACCCUCAUGGAGGAAAUCCUUUUGCUAGGCCUGAAGGAUAAGGAGGGUUACACGUCUUUCUGGAACGACUGCAUCUCGUCAGGUCUGCGGGGCUGCAUCCUCAUCGAGCUGGCACUGCGGGGGCGGAUCCAGCUCGAACCCGCCACCAUGCGGAAGCGCAGACUGCUGGAUCGCAAGGUUCUGUUUAAGUCAGAGGCCCCUACAGGAGACGUACUUCUCGACGAAGCCCUCAAGCACAUCAAGGCAACGGAGCCUCCGGAGUCUGUGCAGAGCUGGAUCGAGCUCCUCACUGGAGAGACCUGGAACCCCCUUAAGCUGCACUUCCAGAUCCGCAACGUCCGCGAGCGCCUGGCCAAGAAUCUGGUGGAGAAAGGCAUCCUGACCACGGAGAAGCAGAACUUCCUGCUGUUUGACAUGACCACACACCCAGUCACCAACACCACGGAGAAGCAGCGACUGAUGAAGCGCGUGCAGGACAGUCUGCUGGAACGCUGGGUGAACGACCCGCAUCGCAUGGAGCAGCGCAUGUUGGCGCUCAUCCUGCUGGCUCACGCCUCCGACGUGCUGGAGAACGUGCUGACGCCACUCACCGACGAGCAGUACGAGACGGCGUCUACACGCUCCCGCACGCUGCUGGACUGCAACCCCGACGCGGAGGGCACCAAGGCUCAGGCCUGUGAGAUGAUUUGGGCCGUCAUGGCCGCCUUCGGCAAAGCUUGAGGUGGGGCACUGGGCCAGGUUCCCAGCUACCCCCCCCCCCACCCCCACCCGGUAUCUGACACCCACUUUGAGCUGGCUCAAGUAUGUAGGAGCAGUGAGAUGGGAAGGUGGACUCCCUUAAUAGGCCUUAUUUUUUUUUUUUUAAAAGAAGUGUCAUAAUUCGGUAUCAGAAACUAGCUCAUUAGUCUCUCAUAAUGAUCUACUUGUUGAGCUGCUCUCUGCUUUGAUCCC